GUCCGGAUCGAGUGUUGGCGCUACGUUCGCAGCUGUUAUUCGUUGAGACCAGAAAGAGCGCAUAGCGAGACAAGGCUGCGAGCUGCCAGAAAGGCAAUCUCGACAUUCUAGCAGCAUUAUCCAACACACGGGGGAAGCCUGAUGCGAUAUAAAAGGCACCAUGGACAGCCGAACCCGAAAGGAGAAGAAUCAUCAAAUGAACAGGAGAGCUCAUGGCUCGAACCAAGGGGAACGAGGCCGAAUGGCAGAAACACCAUGAUGAGCUCAAGUUCUUAUGGCUAGAGCAGCGAUGGACUGCGGAACGCAUACGAGACUAUAUGUCCCAGAAGCACGGUUUCCACCAAAACAAGUAUCAGUAUGGUCGGCAAUUCAAACAGUGGGGGUUCAAAAAGAACUCGAGUGAUGAAAGGUGGAAAUUUAUUGCACAUCGUCGCGAGAAGCGAAAACGAGAUGGGAAAGAUCCCGGCCCAGUUUCGCUAGAUGGCAGACUGGUCCCUGAAUCGAAGGUCAGAAAGGAGACAUCUCGUCAUGUUACAUUGACGUCGCAGUAUGUGGGGAUAGAGGGUUCUGAUCCAAAGACGCCAGAGGGGGUCAUCGUGGGUACGCCACCAUCAGGAAUACCUGGUGCAGUUUCCAAUGAUUCCUCCGAUGUUAUCGCGAUGGACUGGCUCCGGGCUCCGAGCAUGGAUAUAUUGAACCUUGACGCGUCAACUCUGUUCCAGCCGGCCAUUGGGGACAGUCACGCAUUCCAGUUCGAACUUCCAGAAUUAAGUUCAUCGGUGCACUGUUACCCAGGGGGUGAGGCGCCAGCUGCACCAUCUUUCGAUCUUGGGCAUGCCACUUUGGAACAUCGUUUUCCUGAACUAGCGUCUGCUGGUACGCCAACAUCUGCCGAUGGGGACAGCCAUAUUCAGCAUAUCUCCAGUUCUAUGAGCGAAGAAAUUGCCGAAGAGCCCCGCUUUACCUUAGAACGGCUUCAUGGAUGGUGGGAAUAUGAAGAUUAUGAGCGUGCUCUCGUAGAACAAUUUUGCGGGCUAUGUCUUGAUCUACUUGAUGCUGGUCUGCUCGACUGACGCUUCUGCAACUUGCUGCGCUUGGUACACUCCUUCUUGACUCAAAGGCGAAUCCGGACUCUUUUACAACCAACAGUUAAGGUUCAGCUCUACAAAUAGCAUGCAGUGACCCC